AUGGCUGAACAAUAAACUUGCUAUUAAUCUUGUAACAACAAAUUUAAUGCAUGGGAUCCUAAGAGAAUUUUUUGCAAGAAAGGAUGUGACUCUGAUGAAGACAAUUUACAAAAGUGUAAAGCAGAAACGUGUUCAUCACUUUGUAUCAGAAGCGAACUAGGAGACGAUAAUUCUAAGCUUGGAAAAUGGAGUUCAUUUUUUUCUAGAGCACCUUCUGACCCUAAAGAUUGUCUAAGUGCAUGCAUUAUUGGAUGUAACAAUAAAACAGACUUCGAUGAUGACGAUGAUUGA